GGAUCCGCCAGUUGCGACGGCACUGACAAGAUGGUGGAUAGGACAGGAGGAACAAAACACAGCUAAUAUGUAUAGUUGACAGCGUGUAAAUGGCCUUUUUUGGGGGAUUUUAAGUUAGCCAAAACGAUUACGAGAUCGGAGCGUUUCAUAUCUAUUGAAUUUGGGUUGAUGUUUGCGAGACGCAGGACCAAAUAUGUUGUUUUCUGGCUGCGGGAUGAAGGACCCCAUCGGAUACAGGACAUAACGACGAGACAGCCAGUAGUCCGAUAGAUAAUCAGUGAUAUUACAUCGUGAAUUAACUUUACGGGAUUCACAGGACGCAUCGAUAAGGACGCAAGACGCAUCGAUAAGGACGCAUGACGCAUCGAUAAGGACGCAAGACGCAUCGAUAAGGACGCAAGACGCAUCGAUAAGGACGCAUCGAUAAGGACGCAAGACGCAUCGAUAAGGACGCAUCGAUAAGGACGCAUCGAUAAGGACGCAAGACGCAUCGAUAAGGACGCGAGAUGCAUCGAUAAGGACGCAAGACGCCAUCCCCCGUCGGACCGACCUGCUGCGUUGUAACUAGUGACCAGCUAGUUAAGCUGUUAUAGCUGGUCAGACUGUCGACAGGCGACAUGGCUCACUCUCCGGUUCAGAGUAGCCUGCCAGGGAUGCAGAACCUGAAGGCAGACCCAGAGGAGCUGUUCACUAAGUUGGAGAGGAUCGGUAAAGGCUCGUUUGGUGAGGUGUUUAAAGGAAUAGACAACAGGACUCAGAAGGUGGUGGCCAUUAAGAUCAUUGACCUGGAGGAGGCUGAGGAUGAGAUGGAGGAUAUUCAGCAGGAGAUCACUGUGUUGAGUCAGUGUGACAGCCCCUUCAUCACCAAGUACUAUGGGUCAUACCUGAAGGAGGCCAAGCUGUGGAUCAUUAUGGAGUAUCUAGGGGGAGGCUCGGCAUUAGAUCUGUUGGAGCCGGGGUUGCUGGAUGAGACUCAGAUCGCCACCAUCCUCAGAGAGAUUCUGAAGGGUCUGGAAUACCUCCACUCAGAGAAGAAGAUACACAGAGACAUCAAAGCUGCCAACGUCCUGCUGUCGGAGCGUGGGGAGGUGAAGCUGGCAGACUUUGGGGUGGCGGGACAGCUAACAGACACCCAGCUCAAACGCAGCACCUUCGUUGGCACGCCCUUCUGGAUGGCUCCAGAGGUCAUCAAGCAGUCAGCCUACGACUGUAAGGCAGACAUCUGGUCUCUGGGCAUAACAUGUAUAGAGCUGGCUAAAGGAGAACCCCCACACUCUGAGCUACACCCGAUGAAAGUGCUGUUCCUUAUCCCAAAGAACACCCCUCCUACCCUGGAGGGGAACUACAGCAAGCCCCUCAAGGAGUUUGUGGAGGCCUGCCUAAACAAGGAGCCAAGCUUCAGGCCCACUGCCAAAGAGCUGUUGAAACACAAGCUGAUUGUGCGUCACGCCAAGAAGACGUCGUACCUGACAGAGCUGGUGGAUAGAUACAGGAGGUGGAAGGCUGAGCAGACCAGACAGCAGGCAGAGUCCAGCUCAGACGAGUCUGACUCGGAGCAGGAUGGGCAGGCGUCGGGCGGGAACAACUUUGGGAGUGAUGACUGGAUCUUCACCAUCAGAGAGAAGGAUCCUAAGAAACUGCAGAACGGGGGAGAGGGACAGGAAGUGGAGAGUGGAGACAUUUCAGGGAGGCUGUUUUCCACCAUCAUCUCUCCUUCUCUGGCCGAAUUGAAGCAGCGUCAGGAGGCAGUGAAUGGGAACCCCAUGGCUCUAGAUGAACUGAGAGAAGCUAUUCUCCUAGCUGAGGAGGCCUACCCUGGGAUCUCUGACUCCCUGGUCACACAGCUGGUUAACAGACUGCAGAGAUUUUCUUCAGGCAGGACGUCUUCGUGCUCUUCUCCCUAGUGAUUGUCUCUCUGCCCCAGCCCGCCUCUCCCAGGUCCCGCCCCCUGUCUGUGGUCCAGUCAGAGGUUAGAGGUCAGCCUGGAUAACACCAUAGGUGUCCGUCACACAUUCCUGCUGGAGAACCCUGAACACACCCGACGCUUGGUGAUCAACUCCAAGGCCUCUUUUAGGAACUUGAUAAACCUGUGGAGAUCAGAGGGGGCAGUAGAGCCCAGUCACUCUGUUAACACUGCUGGAGAAUUAACCCAAGAGCAAGGAGACACUGCUUCUCAGAGGGAGACCCAUCAGUAUGGACCCAGUCUGAUGGAACCAGAGGAGGAGCCAUCAGUAUGGACCCAGUCUGAUGGAACCAGAGGAGGACCCAUCAGUAUGGACCCAGUCUGAUGGAACCAGAGGAGGACCCAUCAGUAUGGACCCAGUCUGAUGGAACCAGAGGAGGAGCCAUCAGUAUGGACCCAGUCUGACGGAACCAGAGGAGGAGCCAUCAGUAUGGACCCAGUCUGUCUGGAACCAGAGGAGGACCCAUCAGUAUGGACCCAGUCUGACGGAACCAGAGGAGGACCCAUCAGUAUGGACCCAGUCUGAUGGAACCAGAGGAGGACCCAUCAGUAUGGACCCAGUCUGAUGGAACCAGAGGAGGACCCAUCAGUAUGGACCCAGUCUGACGGAACCAGAGGAGGACCCAUCAGUAUGGACCCAGUCUGAUGGAACCAGAGGAGGAGCCAUCAGUAUGGACCCAGUCUGACGGAACCAGAGGAGGACCCAUCAGUAUGGACCCAGUCUGAUGGAACCAGAGGGAGACCCAUCAGUAUGGACCCAGUCUGACGGAACCAGAGGAGGACCCAUCAGUAUGGACCCAGUCUGAUGGAACCAGAGGAGGACCCAUCAGUAUGGACCCAGUCUGAUGGAACCAGAGGAGGAGCCAUCAGUAUGGACCCAGUCUGAUGGAACCAGAGGAGGACCCAUCAGUAUGGACCCAGUCUGAUGGAACCAGAGGAGGACCCAUCAGUAUGGACCCAGUCUGAUGGAACCAGAGGAGGACCCAUCAGUAUGGACCCAGUCUGAUGGAACCAGAGGAGGACCCAUCAGUAUGGACCCAGUCUGAUGGAACCAGAGGAGGAGCCAUCAGUAUGGACCCAGUCUGAUGGAACCAGAGGAGGACCCAUCAGUAUGGACCCAGUCUGUCUGGAACCAGAGGAGGAGCCAUCAGUAUGGACCCAGUCUGACUGGAACCAGAGGAGGAGCCAUCAGUAUGGACCCAGUCUGUCUGGAACCAGAGGAGGACCCAUCAGUAUGGACCCAGUCUGAUGGAACCAGAGGAGGACCCAUCAGUAUGGACCCAGUCUGACUGGAACCAGAGGAGGAGCCAUCAGUAUGGACCCAGUCUGUCUGGAACCAGAGGAGGACCCAUCAGUAUGGACCCAGUCUGAUGGAACCAGAGGAGGAUCCAUCAGUAUGGACCCAGUCUGACUGGAACCAGAGGAGGAGCCAUCAGUAUGGACCCAGUCUGACUGGAACCAGAGGAGGAGCCAUCAGUAUGGACCCAGUCUGUCUGGAACCAGAGGGAGACCCAUCAGUAUGGACCCAGUCUGACUGGAACCAGAGGAGGAGCCAUCAGUAUGGACCCAGUCUGACUGGAACCAGAGGAGGAGCCAUCAGUAUGGACCCAGUCUGACGGAACCAGAGGAGGAGCCAUCAGUAUGGACCCAGUCUGACUGACUGACUGACUGGAACCAGAGUUAACUAACCUGUGUCUCUGCAGCACCAUGCCUGAAGGGGAGAUAAUCAAACGCACCCCCUCCUACCACACCUAAAACCCAAGCUCCUCCUCUCUGUGAUCUCCUGACUCCCCCCUGCUCCUCUCUGUGGUCUCCAGACUCCCCCUGCUCCUCUCUGUGAUCUCCUGACUCCCCCUGCUCCUCUCCCUGCUCCUCUCUGUGGUCUCCAGACUCCCCCUACUCCUCUCUGUGAUCUCCAGACUCCCCCUGCUCCUCUCUGUGAUCUCCUGACUCCCCCUGCUCCUCUCCCUGCUCCUCUCUGUGGUCUCCAGACUCCCCCUACUCCUCUCUGUGGUCUCCUGACUCCCCCUGCUCCUCUCUGUGGUCUCCAGACUCCCCCUGCUCCUCUCUGUGGUCUCCAGACUCCCCCCUGCUCCUCUCUGUGGUCUCCAGACUCCCCCUGCUCCUCUCUGUGGACUCCAGACUCCCACCUGCUCCUCUCUGUGGUCUCCAGACUCCCCCCUGCUCCUCUCUGUGGUCUCCUGACUCCCCCUGCUCCUCUCUGUGGUCUUCAGACUCCCCCUGCUCCUCUCCCUGCUCCUCUCCGUGGUCUCCUGACUCCCCCUGCUCCUCUCCCUGCUCCUCUCUGUGGUCUCCAGACUCCCCCUGCUCCUCUCUGUGGUCUCCAGA